AUGGAGAACGUCACGGCGACGACGGUACGUCGAAAAGACACCACGAAGGGCCCGCCGCUGCGGAUACUGUGCCUCGAUGGCGGCGGAGUGCGUGGAUAUUCGAUGCUAAUCAUCCUCCAAGAGUUGAUGUACCGAGCAUACGUAGAGUCGGAGGGAACCGCACCGCGACGUGACCAAAUACCUAAACCAUGCGACCACUUCGAUCUCAUCGCUGGAGCCGGAACCGGCGGGCUCAUCGCUUUGAUGCUGGGCCGUCUGCGGCUUGACAUAGAAACAUGCAAGAAUAUCUAUCCUCGCCUGACGAAAUAUGUCUUUGAGACGGACAAGACAAUUGCCGGCAUUCCGUAUCGAUCAACAUUGUUCAAGGCAUCAAGGCUGGAACAAGCAAUCCGUCAGUGCGUUCGGGAAUACACAGUCUCUGAAUCAGAAGGAAAUGAUGGAAGCUCGCCGUCACUUUCAGGAAGCAAUUACAUGGAUACCGCUUUGUCGUGCCCGUCGUCCACCAGCGUCGCAUCCGCCCUCCCACCAAAACGGCUGAGCCGAUCCAGCGCACAUCUAUCUCGCACUUUGAGUACCAGUAGUGGGCAGCUGUCACCUUCGCCGCCGCUCUUGUCGCCGACCAUGACGAAGAAAAUCGGACGAAAACGAACACCCAGAAAUGGACCCGCGACACUUCUACGUUCGUAUGAUUCGAGAAAGGAGCCUCCUCCCGACUUCAACUGUACGAUAUGGCAAGCAGGGCGUGCGACGGGCGCAAUGCUUCAUCAUUUCAAACCUAUUCAGAUAGGACAGCAGGUCUUCCUUGAUGAAGGAGGCGGAAAAUUCAACCCAUCCCCGCAAAUACUCGACGAAGCAACUGUCAAUGAAUGGCCGGGACGAGACGUCGGCAUUUUUGUGAGCGUUGGUACGGGCAAACGGCCUUCCGGGACAAGUAAUAGGACGCAUGAGUGGUGGGAAGAUGUCUUCGUAGAGUUUGCAGAAGCGCGGCGAAACCUGAUUUCCAAAAUCGAAGGAUGUGAGACGAUCCACCAAUACAUGCUAAAAGAGCAUCUCGCGAAAAGAAAUGUACCGAAAGAAAACUACUGCCGUCUAAAUGUCGAGAUCGGUGUUGGAGAAUACGGAAUGAAUGAGUGGAAUCGCCUGGCAGAAAUCAGCACCAAUACGCGAAUAUACCUGGCGAAGAACGAAGUUCAGAGGAUGACCCAUGAUGCAGCGGUCAAAUUAGCCAGAAUACAUCGAACACACCGUCGCAUUGAGGCCCAUGCAGCUGCAAUCGCCGCAGCAGAAGCCCGCGAAACUACCUUGAUGAUGCGUCCUUUACCUCCUCCUCCACCACCGCCCCAGCGACCGAUUCCUUCAAUUCCAUCCCAUCCUCCGCAAAUUUCCCCGAAUCAGUCACCCACAACGUUGCGUCGGCCUUCUCACCCUUCUCAUACACAGCCGGUCUACGAACUCCCGGCGAUAGAACUCCCUGCGGAUCCAACUCCCAUUUCACAGUUCACAGCACCUCCGAGCCAGCCCAAAAAUCCCUCGCGCCUCUCCCACAUUAGCGUCUCACCACCAGGCAGUAGACAUAGCAUGGAUCAAUCUCACACAAGCUCUCCACGCGUAAGCAGCGAUACCUUUAUCUCCGACGCUGCUCCACCACGCCCGCCGAAGACGCCAAUGCCACAAGCAGCAAGGCCAGUAAAUACUGUCAAUAAUACCACGCCUAAUAACGAUAUAUCGGAGAACGUGAUUAUCUCUAUGCCUUCACCAACACAAGGCGCAAGCAGACCAAUCGGCACGACGGCUCCUAACUCGAAUAAAUGGAAGCCACCGUACCCGGACGAUGGGCCACCUCCGCCGGUGAAUAAGUUUCGCAAGCCAACGUCUAAUUCACGAGGUUAAUGACUUUCUACGGUUUUAUAGUUUCACUUCUUUUUGGUUUUCCACCUACGCAGUACUCAGGGUUGUUUAAUGUCAUGAAGACACAAAGUGUUUAUGUUGUAAAUACCGAGUUAGCACCUUGCAAUGGCU